UGAAAAUCAAUAAAGAAUCAAUUUUUCACUUUUUUUUUGGUAAUUCAAAGUGGAUACUACAGUUGAAGUGUUGGAUUAUCGUGUAAAAAGUUUCAACAUGGACGACCGAGAAAUUGAGGCUUUAUUGAAUGAUAGCGACUUGGACUUCUCUGGAGAUAGCGAUGAUGAGUACCUACCACCAGAUUUAAUGGAAACGGACAGCGAAGAAGGUGCAGUUAUCAUGGAAAUGGGUGGCGAAGAGGGUGCAGAUAUCAUGGAAAUGGAUGGCGAAGAUGCAAGUGUGGAACUGGUACAGAACGAGACGAAUUCAGGAGAGGAAUCGCAGAAUACACUGCGUUCAGCGUUGUGGCGCACUACUGGAAUGACUCCUCGUGGGCCAGACAUUUCGGAGGAUGUACUUGUUUCGGAGGGUACUUCAGACAUGAAUAUAUUGUACUGCUUUUUUGAGUAUCUGGGCGUAGAAUUCUGGGAGUUAGUAGCAGAGCAGAGCAACCUAUAUUCGGCACAAAAGCGGGAUUUAAAAUCGUUGAACACGAACGCUAUUGAAAUGAUUAAAUUUGCAGGCGUGCACUUGAUGAUGGGCAACCUCAAAUAUCCUCAAGGUAAGCUUUAUUGGAAUAGAGAGUUACGUGUGCCUAUUAUUGCGGAUACAAUGAACCGAGACAGAUUUUUUGAGCUUCGAAAUUAUCUACACAUUGUAGAUCUAAAUAAGCCAAAUGCUGGUGACAAACUAUGGAAAAUAAGACCACUAAUAGACCCCAUUUUGAAGAGAUGCCAUGAGUUGUCACGGUCUAAGCAUAUGUCCAUAGACGAACAUAUGAUUCCAUUUUCAUGACGAUGUGAAUUUCGCCAAUAUGUGCCUUCUAAGCCAAAUCCUCUUGGUCUUAAGAACUUUGUACUGGCGGCCCGAGAUGGGCUGGCAAAAAAAUAAUGGCAUUUUUCUGACUGGGACUGUGAUGAUAAAUCGCAUUGGACCAGUAACAAAGAAACUGAAGGCUGAUAAGGUUCUGCAAAGAGGACAUUGGGAUGAAAAAGUAAGA